AUGCCACCGAAUGAAGAUGGGACCCUAGCUAGGACUAUGUCGAACCAUAGCCCAGAAGACUCCGCUUCACGAAGCAUUAAUGUGCGAAGAAGCCCCAGCCAUGAGCUUCACUCCCGACGAUCGACUUUUAAGCUGCCUGUCUUUCUAAUCACUAUCUGCCUCAUCCUUGCCGUCUUCCUCGUGGCUCUGGACACUACCAUUCUUGCCACGGCUAUUCCAAAGAUUACCGACGAUUUCAAUUCUUUGACCGAUGUAGGAUGGUAUGCUGGCGUCUAUGCCUUGACCUCAGCCAUCUUCCAACUCUUAUACGGCAAUUUCUUCAAGAUUUUCUCCGCCAAAUGGACCUUUGUUAGCGCCUCCAUAGUCUUCGAAAUCGGAUCCAUCCUAUGCGCUGCAGCCCCUUCCUCUCCCGUCCUCAUUCUAGGUCGCGCUUUUGCAGGCGUUGGAAGUGCAGGAAUAUUUGCUGGAGCAUUCAUUAUCGUUAGUCACACAGUUCCUCUGCGUUGGCGACCAAUUUACAACAGUAUCUUCGGCGCUCUGUACGGGAUUGCUUCUGUCGUUGGGCCAGUUAUAGGAGGUCUCCUGACCGAUAAAAUCACCUGGCGCUGGUGUUUUUGGAUCAAUGUGCCAAUCGGCGUCGUGACAGUCAUCGUUGUAUCCUUCGUCUUUGAGCCACCAAGUGGCUUGGGCCCAGAUCGACAACCGCAUCCGCACUCAGAUCAUCGAUCACCCGCCACUGUCCUCCAGGAACUCAACGUACUAAGUACAAUUCUACUCAUAUCUUCAACCAUUCCUCUACUACUAGCUUUGCAAUGGGGUGGCAUGGAGUAUUCCUGGAGCAACUCGAGAGUUAUCACACUUUUUAUCGUCGCAGGUGCUAGUACCGUUCUUUUUAUUCUACUCCAGAUAAGACAAGGAGAAAAGGCUUUCCUACCAAUCCAGUUAAUCAAGCAGCGCACCUUGUUGGCGUGUUGCUGGUUUACCUUCACAGCAGGCUCAUCUGUUGCGAUUGUCAUCUAUUAUUUGCCCAUUUGGUUCCAGGCCGUUCUAGGAGUAUCAGCGUUGCAGUCCGGCUUUCUCAAUCUACCUUUCGUCAUCAGCCUUGUGUGUGGUUCACUGGUGUCAGGCGUUAUCACCUCUACAACCGGCAAUUAUGUCCAACUGUUGAUCCUUUCCUCAGUGGUUCGUGCUAUUGGUACAGGGCUUCUCACGACUUUAAAGCCUUCCAGUCAAAGAUGGCAAUACGUCUUCUAUCAAAUCAUAUUUGGUCUCGGUGAUGGAUGUGGUAUGCAGCAGCCAUUGAUUGCCGUCCAAAAUGCUAUCGAUUCUCACGAUGUGGCAAUGGCAAUCUCGGUGUUGAUAUUCUGUCAGACACUUGGUAGCUCUGUAUUUAUUGUCGUUGGUCAGUCGAUCCUGACAAACCGUCUCACCAGCCUCCUUGAUGGCAUACUACCCUCCGGACCAAUUACAACUCGAGUACUUCUAGAAUCAGGUGCGACCUCUUUUAGAGCGCUAGGCCUCGACCAAGAGGUACUUAGUCGUGUGGUCUCCGCAUACAGUGGUGCGGUCACUGACACAUUUUAUGUGGCUGUUGCGCUUUCAUGUGCGUCACUCGUUGGGGCGUGCACUGUAGAAUGGAAAAAAAUUAAAAUCCACAGCGACGAUGAGCCUAUUCCGCCGGUAAAUACUGCUACCCUCGGGACGUCAACAGCGACGAAUACUGAGGACCGUGAAUUAUCAGUCCUCGGCCCUCAGCGCCGGAUUUCAGCUAUACCUGGAUGA